AUGGCGGCGGGCGGCGGGUGGGCGGCGGCGUGCGAGAAGUUCCGCCGGGCGCGGGCGCUGUCGGCCGUGGAGUCGCGGCGGGACCCGGAGACGGAGCCGUACCGCUCCAAGUACGCCGCGCGGGCGCUGCUGGAGGAGGUGAAGCAGCUGCUGAGCGGCGGCGAGGCGGGCGGCGAGGCGGGGCUGCGGGCCGUGCGGCGCGCCGUGCUGGAGUACGAGCUGGGCGUCAACCACGCGGACACGGAGGAGCUGUCGGCCGGCGAGGAGCACCUGGCGCGCUGCGCGCGGCUCCUGCAGCCGCACCGCCUCUCCCGCGCCGCCGUCGCGCUCUGCGUGCAGGCCCAGAACAGUCUCGGCAUCCUGUGGUCUGAAAGGGAUGAAAUCAAAACUGCACAAUCGUACUUGGAAUCCGCAGAAGCCUUGUAUAAUCAAUACAUGAAAGAGGAUGGAAAUCCUCCCUUGGAUCCCAGUGAACAUUUCAUGACAGAAGAAGAAAAACUCACAGACCAAGAAAGAUCAAAAAGAUUUGAGAAGACCUAUACUCACACUUUGUAUUAUCUGGCACAAGUCUACCAACACCUAGAGAUGAUUGAGAAGGCCGCUCAGUAUUGCCAUACCACUCUUAAACGACAGCUCGAGUAUAGUGGCUACUCCCCGGUAGAAUGGGCACUCAAUGCUGCUACCUUGUCACAGUAUUACCUCUCUAAGCAAUGCUUUAUGGAGUCCCGACACUGUUUAGCAGCAGCCAAUGUCAUCUUUAGCCAAGCUGGACAGGUUCCAUCUGCUGAAGACAGUGAAACAGAGCAAGACCAACAGGACCUUCGACAGAGGAAAGCUGAAAUUGCAAGAUGCUGGAUUAAGUAUUGCCUGAAUCUUUUGCAAAGUGCUCGGAAAUUACUUGAGGAUAACAUAGGAGAGCUGGAUCCUGACAGGCAAUUGGAACUUAAAGCCCAAAGGAAAAAAGAGGAGGAUGAAAAAGAGAAUGGCAGGAAAAAAGCUGUCCUUUUUGGGACUAGUGAGAUAUGUGAUUCUGUCUUAGCCAUGGAGGAGAAAGUGAGCAGUGCAUAUCCUUUAGAUUUUCAAGAAGCCAGAGAAAUCUUCCUAGUGGGUCAGAACUAUGUUCAGGAAGCAAAAGAGUUCUUUCAGGUUGAUGGUUAUGUUACUGACCAUAUUGAAAUUGUUCAGGAUCACAGUGCUCUGUUUAAGGUACUUGCUUUCUUUGAAGAAGACUAUGAGCGACGUUGCAAAAUGCAUAAGCGUAGAGUAGACAUGCUGGAGCCUCUCUAUGCAGACUUGAAUCCGCAGUACUAUCUGUUGAUUAGUAGGCAGCUUCAGUUUGAACUAGCAGACACCUACUAUGAGAUGAUGGAUUUAAAGGUAGCUAUUGGUAACAGAUUAGAAGAGCUAGACUCCCAUACAAUAAAAAAGAUCAAUUCUCUAGCGCAGUUAGCAAUAAAGUAUUAUGAACUCUUCUUAGAUUCUUUGAGAAACCCAGAUAAGGUAUUUCCCAAGGAGCUUGAGGAAGACGUUCUUCGCCCUGCCAUGGUGGCCAAAUUUCAUAUUGCCCGACUAUAUGGUAAACUCAUUACUUCGGAUGGCAAAAAGCAGCUGGAAAAUAUGCAGACAUCAUUGGAAUAUUACACAUUUCUGGUAGAUUAUUGUGAGAAGCAUCCAGAUGCUGUCCAUGCCAUUGAAACUGAGCUAGAACUCAGUAAGGAAAUGGUGGGUCUUCUUCCAACAAGAAUGGAGAGGCUAAGAGCAAAACUGUGUCCAUUCAUAUGAAUUCUUUUCUUGAAAGGAAAUGUGCGAUAUUAAAAUGAUACCUGUCGAAACCAAUACUGUAGGACAGCUUCCGUACUGAUUAGCAGAACUAAAGUGUCUGCAGUUCAACACUCCCAGCUAGAGCCCGCAGUAAUAUAACCUUGUGAAAAACUGAGAGCCGUCCAGUUUAGUAGCACACCUACACUAAUGGUAUAAAAUUUAAAUGUACAUGUGAAUGUCCAGCUUGUGGUUUGUAUUGCUUGUCCUGUGUGUAAAUAUAACUUUCCUGCCUUACCUUUCUCCCUUCAGCAUAUGGUUCGGUUUCCAAAUGUAGUGCUGUAUGAAAAUUGUUUCUUUCAAGGGAAUCUGUUGAUCUAGGAAAAUUUUUCUAAGAAACUUGAGGCAUGUUCUUCCAAGUAGGAAACAUUUUAUCUCUUCUAACCUUUGUCUCCAGUAAAUUUUAUCCAUAUGAAGGGAAAUUUAUGUCACUUCCAGUAUUUAUUUUAUAUAUUGCUCAGUGUUUUUUUUUUCUCCUAAUUAAAACCUAACUGUUGCAGGCUAAAUAAAUGGACUAGCUUGACUGAAUGUUCUUCAUAGUCCUUAGAAUUCCAUUUUCUUGUGUCUUAUUAAUAUAUGGUAUGUACAACUUUGGCCAGAUUAAAUAGUUGUGAGAUAGUGUUUCCACAUGAGUGUCUUCGAUAACUGUGAAGACAUGUGAGCAUCUAAAAUACCACAACGGAGAACAAGAAAGCAGUGAACUUUUUUGCUUGUGAUAAGAAGAGAUACUCUGCUCUUAGUUCAUGUUGGUGAGUUCCUGGGGAAAAGGUAUUGCGGUCUAGUGUUCGAAACAUCUACCAAAUAUGCUUCUAAAAGAUGUGAGAUACCGUUGCUGGCUUUUUAGGGAGCCCAGGCACUUUCUCCAUUCACAGCUCAACAGGAGCUGCAAGCAGAUGCCUGCCUCUGUUGUUCAAGUUGUUGCAGACCCAGUACUGCUCAGGCUGUCUUCAAGAUCUACGCGUGUGCCGCUGAUUACUGACCUCGCCAUUAAAGCCUACAAGAAGCUCUCCUGAUUCUCAUUAAGGACCUGCCGAAACCUCACUGGCCCUUUAGUCAGGCCUCAUUAUUCCUGCUCUUACACAAACUGUUACCUUUGCCUUGUUCUUGUCUGCAUGUGCUUGCCUAUUUACUCUUUAUGGAAGAUCAGGAUGAAUUUCUGACACAAACUGUAUGCAGAUGUGGUCUUUCUUGUGAGCAUAGGAGGAUUAUGAACCAGGACCCAGUACUGUAGGUGGAGUGCGAGCAGAAUAUACUGCUCAAGUGUACAAAUGCUCAGACAGGCCAGGGCUAUGGGAAAGUGAAGGGACAGCACUAGGUGAUGGGAUGUGCAGUAGUGUGCCGCCCAGCGCACCAGCAGUCUUACCACGAUCAACUUUGCGGGAAGAUUUUUACAGAAGUGUGUGUGUGUGUGUAUAUAUAUAUAUAUAUAUAUAUAUAUUUGUAGGGCUUUAAGGGAGGAUUGUAAAGUAAUUGGAUUCUUAUGGAAUAGUCAUGAAAACAAGGGGAAAACAAUGUUAGCUUGGGGGAGAUGAGGCACGUACAAGCAAGAAAGCAUGUAUGUUUUGUACGCAUGGUAAAAAAUCUCUCAUUUGCAGAAUUCUGUGCAGAAGCGGCUGACUUCCAACCACAAACAAACAAGCCAACAAAUGGGUCCUGGAAAUGAUAGGUAGCAAAACCCAAACUGCAUCUGCCUGCAUGCACAUAGAAUAAACGGAGUGAUAGUGCAUGUGAACCUGUGUGUGCGUUGACUCUUGUCUUACCAAGUAAUUGUCCAGCCAGUCUUUGAGAGGCUUUUUUUUCUCUCCAGUAUCAGAUCUUUAAAUUAGUUUUUCCUGUGGCCUGAAGAUAGGACUGCUUGCUGUUUCUCAGUAAAACAAUUAUCAGUUUGCUGCAUUUUGUCUGCGACCUUAUUUAAAGCAAGUGUGUGUUUUUGCUGUUAAUUUGUAAUUUGAAAAUUAGUUUUUAAUAACUUUUAUAUUUGAAUGGAAGAAAGAGAAGCAAGGUUUUUUUCUUUAUAUACCUUAAUAGUCCACCCUUGAGGGCCUUUGAGCAAAUUUUUUAAGGCAAGGAUUGGCUCAUCAGACUUAGUUUACUUGUAUUUUAGGGAAAGACUUAAAAACUUAAAUGUAUAGAUUGUGUGCUAACCCAGCAUACAGAAGAACUUUAAUGUUGUGUGUCUGUGUGUUUUUCCACAAACAGCUAAAUCCUACUGUGUCCUUCAAAUACUGAUCUUAAGGAAAUAGUGUUAAAAGUUAUUUGCCGGGAGGCAAAGCUGAGUGAAAUACAUGUCCCUUUUAACAAGAAGUUAGCCUGUGUAAGAGGAACACUCCCUCUUAUUAGUCCUUGUUGCCUGUAUACACCAAAAUUCUAGUAAAAAUGCAGAAGACAGGUAAAACUAGGUUUAGACUUGAAAAGGCCUGGAAAUAACAGGGAGCUGAGCUUAAACUUUUUGCAUGUGAAUGUGUGGUUGGUGCUGUGGUUUGGAAACCUCUCACUUUGGAAGAUACCCCCAGCAUGCUUCAGCUUUGCAGCUGUCCUUUAAAAAUGUAAAUGGAAACAAAUAAUUGAAGCAACUUAAACUUCGAAACUUAAAUAUGGGCAAUGCAAUGUAAGUACAAUAAAGACUUUGUUUACUCUUGAUCAAAAUCUUGGAUCUUCUAGAUCAAAUACCAAGCUGCUAUAAGCUAUUGAGCAGACAACCAGUCUACUACUCCUAUUAGUUUCUUAAACUUUUGUUUAUUUGAAGCUCUAUGUGUUUGCAAGCUGGUCUCUUAAAUUUAACAAUAAGCUCCCUAAUCUCCAGAAAGUUACAGAAACCAAUGAUGUCAGUUUUUCACCUCAUAAUAAAUAUUCAAGACUAUGAUCAACAA